ACGCUUUACUUAAAAAAAUGAAAUUUUUGGCAGUUUUUGUACUUGUCACGGUGACUGCAGAAGACACUUCUACAACAUCCGAAAGAAAAAAUCAACUAGACGCCACAGAUAAUCUGUUCCAAAUCAACGCCAAAUUGAAAUACUACAUCCCCUAUAACAAAGCCCAAUCAAAAGCCGGUCUUUUGGACUAUCACCACAACAUUAGUGUCUUCUAUGACGGCUUAACAGGAGACGCAUUUGCCUUCUAUUACGAAGAAGGCCACGGUGUGUUCAUACCCGGAGGAACUUCCGACCAAACAUGGGACAUCAAGCGUCAAAAAUAUGAAGAAUAUUUUGAAAAUCCAGUAGCGCCACCACAACUAUUUAAAACUGGCGAAAAGCACGGAUACCAACUUCAUCCUGAUGAAAUUUCAGAAACCAUCGCUCUAAAACUGUCUCAAAUUUUGACUCAUCUUAGUCCGGAUUACUCCUCUCAGUGCCAGGCUUUGGCUACAAUACUAUUCAUUUCGAAAACAACGUCUGACAGACUGAAGACUUCGUUGUCUGGAGCGGAGAGGGCGGUUGGGGACAUAAAUGGACGAAAUCGAGGUGACCUUAGAUGGUUGGUUGGAAUGGCUGAAGGAAUAGCGGACUAUUUUAGCAUAUUUGGAGGCAUAGAUGCUUUAAAUCAAAAACACUUGCAUCUAGAUCUUGCCAAAGUCUUGAAGCAACAAUCAGGGAUUCACGUUUUGUGUUAUUUCCUAGAAACGUUGGCACCACAUUUUGAUUUAGGGACGAAACUGGGAAAACAUCUAAAUUCACAACCGGAUUUUUUCGUGCUAAUUUGCAAACUGGGUGGUGGAAUCAGUUACGGUUUCGAUGGGUUUGUUUGCGUGAUUUUGGAAAUAGUGAAGUAUAAUUAUGGAGAAAAUUCUAUUGAAAAUGUUGCUGCAAAUUUAAAAACCUACGUUGGUGAUGCAAGAUCAGUGACUUCCAAUUUGGGUCAAAAGUGGCAUACUUUUAUCCAAGAACUGCAAGAGACGAUUAAAGGACUUGAACUGGAUCGAGCUUUUGGAGGUUUGAUGGAGGUUCUUCAAGACAUAGUGGGUGGAAAUUGGGUCCAGAAAGGUAUCAACAUGUCUGAAAUUGUUGAAGAGGUUAUAAAUGUCGAGAUUCCUGGCAGUGAAUGUUCGGUAAUCAAAAUUAUAAAUGACCUGAAGAAGAAAUCUGGACCUAGAACUAACAACGCAUCAGUCAUAUAGAAGUAGUUCAUGCUGUUCACCGCGUGUUACAACAAAUACAAACAAUGAAGGCAUUAUUUUUGAAACCUUUAAAAACUGGUUUGAAGAGACCAGUAUCAAGAAGCGGCAAAGUCACCUGCUGUAGUAAUAGCUUUAACAAAACUA